GGAAUCAGGCCCUUUCGUCUUCUGGAAACAUCAUUCUCACCCAAGAUCUUCAGCAUGGACGGCUUCGAUGUGACUACAGCGCCGGAAGCCUACCAGGCUGUCAAGCCCAUCGCGGACCUCUUCGUGCUCGGGAUGGGUCUAGGCUGGACAAUCAACUACAUCGGCAUGGUGCACGUCUCCUUCCGCGACAAGACCUAUGCGAUGGCGAUCAUACCUCUCUGUUCCAACAUUGCCUGGGAAACCGUGUUCGGGUUAAUCUACCCAUCGAAAAGCCUUAUCGAACAGGGAGUCUUCCUCGUGGGCCUGGCGAUCAACUUCGCCAUCAUCUACGCCGCCAUUAAACAUGCCCCCAACGAAUGGAACCACGCGCUGCUCGUCCAGCGCAACCUCGCGCUCAUCUUCUUAAUUGGCAUUGUUAUCUUCUUGACCGGAUUCCUGGCACUGUCGCGCGAGAUCAGCCCCUCCCUGGCCUACUCCUGGGGUGCGGUCUUCUGCCAGCUCGCGCUGAGUGCCGGGGCACUCUGCCAGUUGGUGAGCCGGGGCAGCAUCCGCGGCGCCUCGUAUGCUCUGUGGCUCUCUCGCUUCCUCGGAUCCUGCUGCACGGUGGUCUUCGCUGGGCUGCGGUGGUGGUACUGGCCGGAGUCAUUUGCGUGGCUGAACAGUCCCUUGGUGCUGUGGAGUCUGGCGGUGUUUCUGCUUUUGGAUAUCUCGUAUGGGUUUUGUUAUUGGUACGUUCAGCGCUGGGAGCAGAUGCAGUUGGGGAAAGGGGGUGGCAAAGAUAAAAGUGGAUGAUGGCGGAUAGACUUGGGCCUGUGGAUGUUGUUGCCCCGCUUAUUUGCUGUUAUUGCUUGCUACAAGAGGAGUCCAGUGGUGGCGAGAGUGGUAAGUAAGUAUAAAUACUGUGACCAUAAAUGAUUAUUGAGACUCGGAAAUCAGG